GUUAUCGUAAAUAAAUUAAAAUAAAACAACCAUGAGAAAUAACCUACAAUAGUACAACAUUCAAGUACAAUGCGUAUCGUUAAACUAUUGCGAAUGUAAAAACAUUCAAAAAUCGAAACAAAAAUGUUGAAAGUAGGCCUAAGAAAAUGUGGUAUGCCGCACUAAUAAGGUUUAUUAGGCGUCGCAUUGUUCUAGGCAUAAUUUUUACACUUUCUCUAAUUUAUUGUAUAGUAAGCUUUAUUGAUAAAGAAGAUUUCCUUAAUAAUGAUCCUCCUCCUCCGGUAAGAAGAACACAACCUUUUAUUUGGCGAACAUUACAAGAGCAUAAUUCAUCUAAUGAUGGAGAAAUUUACUGUAGAAAUUCUGUGCAGGGAAAGGUGCUAAUUGUGGAUGAUAGAGGUUUUGUUUGUCCAAGAAUUGAAAUUUUAUCAAAUGGUUGUUGCAAUGAAAUUUCCUCUACUGUAACUCAAUAUUCCUGCGAAACAUGCAAACAUAACAAUUGCUGUGCUAUUUACGAAUAUUGUAUAUCAUGUUGUCUACAUCCAGAUAAGAAAGAUAUGUUAGAAUCGGUGCUAGGAAAGGCGACCGAACAAAACAAUGUUAUUUUUGCAUCAGUUGCGGAUCAUUUUGAGCUGUGCCUUGCAAAAUGCCGAACGAAUUCACAAAGUGUUCAACACGAAAAUUCUUACAAGGAUCCCAAAGCGAAACACUGCUACGGGGAUACCGACCCCGGCCCCUCGAUUAUUGAAAACGAAGUAUAAUAAUAAUACCAAUCAACACAGGAGGAAGACUUAUUUUUUAUGUUGGGAAGGGACUAGUUUGUUUACAAGAAAACGAUUAAGUUUAAGUAUGCAUUAUGUUACUGAAUGAGAUAAUAAAUUUCGAAAAACAAUAACUGGAACAAUCAGUAUAUAGAAUAUAGAUUUUUUAAUGCCAGUUAUUUCAUGUACACUUUUAGAGGUGUUCAAAGUAGAAAAUGGAGGAAUAAAUAAACUAGAAAAGAGAUUCACCCUAAUUAUAUAUCACUAAACAUUUUCUCUACGGACACGUUAUUCACGCAUUUGUAAUGUAGGCAUUACAAACGCGAGACUCGCAAUUAAUAAUAACUAUGGUGACUCUCUUUUUUAUUUUAUGUAUUUAGGAUGUGGUAAACCAUAAUAAAAAUAUAUGGUUCAUAGGGUAUUUUUAAGAAUCAGAUGCCAAAGUGCACAGUUUUAGUGCAAUAUGAAAUGGUUCAAGUAUCAGACUUUUUUUUUAAAUUUAAAUUUUGUUUUCAAAUCGCAAUAAAAAGAAGUUAAUAGUGUCUUAACAAUUAUUUAUUCUUAGAGACUUGUAGCUGAGGUGGUGCUACCAAACAAUGCCACAUAAUUUUUAAUUUACUUGAAUUCACUAAUUUAGACUAUUUAAAUUUAUCUAAUAAAUAGAAAAUGCGUUACAAUUUUUGUGCUUAAGAUUUUAGCGUUUUAAUAACAGAGUUAAUACAAUGUGUUUCUGUUGUAACGUGUAUUUUAUUACUACUAUGUUAUUUUAUGCAACACUUAGUCUAUUUCUUUGUUAACUGAUUAACUGUUAACGAAUGAUUUAUUUGUAUUAUUCAUUGUGAUUUGCUAUUUUUAUUAAGUGAAUAAAUUGGGGAGUGAUAUA